AUAUACUGAACAUACUAUUCAAUACACUUCUGGUAACAUCAUCAUGUGGGUUGAAGAUGAUUUGGGUCCAGGAGUGCCCUGUCUUCAAAGCUGGUCAGAACCUGAAGAGGGGAGAGUGUACCGAAUGUAUCAUGGUACCUCUGCACAGGCUGCUGCUCAAAUCAUGAUAAGUGGCUUCAAACAAUCUGCAGAUGGCAUGUUAGGGCGUGGUGUGUACCUCAGUCGAGAUCUUAAUAAGGCCAGUAGAUACCCUUUGGACCUGCCUGAGAACCAGAGAGUUGUUAUAAGGGUGAAAGUCAAUGUUGGCAAAGUGAAGAAAAUUGAUUACCAGGGUCACCCACUGCAGAAAACCUGGCAUGAUCAUGGGUACGACACUGCUUGGUGCCCUCCUGGAUGUGGCAUGGUUCGAAGUGGUCUGGAAGAAGAUUGUGUGUGGGAUCCAACACGUAUUAAGUUUAUUGAUAUAAUUCCACGUUCACCUCAAGAUCAGACUGUUUUAAAGCCUGAGGAUGGCAUGUUAGGACAUAUGUACCGAAUGUAUCAUGGUACCUCUGCACAGGCUGCUGCUCAAAUCAUGAUAAACGGCUUCAGACAAUCUACACAUGGCACGUUAGGGCGUGGUGUGUACCUCAGUCGAGAUCUUAAUAAGGCCAGUAGAUACCCUUCGGACCUGCCUGAAAACCAGAGAGUUGUUAUAAGGGUGAAAGUCAAUGUUGGCAAAGUGAAGAAAAUCUUUUAUCAGGGUAACCCACUGCAGAAAACCUGGCAUUAUCAUGGGUACGACACUGCUUGGUGCACUCCUGGAUGUGGCAUGGUUCAAAGUGGUCUGGAAGAAGAUUGUGUGUGGGAUCCAAGACGUAUUCAUGUUAUUGAUAUAAUUCCCUGUAACUUAAUUGCCUAUACUAAAUACACUUCUGGUAACAUCACCAUGUGGGUUGAAGAUGAUUUGGGUCCAGGAGUGCCCUGUCUUCAAAGCUGGUCAGAACCUGAAGAGGGGAGAGUGUACCGAAUGUAUCAUGGUACCUCUGUACAGGCUGCUGCUCAAAUCAUGAUAAGUGGCUUCAAACAAUCUGCAGAUGGCAUGUUAGGGCGUGGUGUGUACCUCAGUCGAGAUCUUGAUAAGGCCAGUAGAUACCCUUUGGACCUGCCUGAGAACCAGAGAGUUGUUAUAAGGGUGAAAGUCAAUGUUGGCAAAGUGAAGAAAAUUGAUUACCAGGGUCACCCACUGCAGAAAACCUGGCAUGAUCAUGGGUACGACACUGCUUGGUGUCCUCCUGGAUGUGGCAUGGUUCGAAGUGGUCUGGAAGAAGAUUCUGUGUGGGAUCCAAGACGUAUUCAUGUUAUUGAUAUAAUUCCUCCAUUUCUUCAAGAAAGUUAUCACCAAGAACCUACAAAUGGAAAAGUGUACCGCAUGUAUCAUGGCACUUCCCAAUUAGCUGCUGCCAACAUCAUGAAAUAUGGCUUUCAACAAUCUGCAACUGGCAUGUUAGGGCCAGGUGUGUACCUCAGUCGAGAUCUUAAUAAGGCCAGUAGAUAUCCCCUGCAUCUGCCUGAGCACCAGAGAGUUGUUAUAAGAGUGAAAGUCAAUGUGGGGAGAGUAAAGAAAAUCGAUCGCCAGGGUCACCCCAUGCAGAAAACCUGGCAUCGUAAUGGAUACGACACUGCUUGGUGUCCUCCUCAAUGCGGCAUGGUUCCCAGCGGUCUGGAAGAAGAUUGUGUGUGGGAUCCAAAACGUAUUGAGAUUAUUGAUGCAAUUCGACCAAGAACAACAUCAGGACAAUUCUAUGACUGCUAGAUUGUUAAAGAAAUUGUACAGUUAGAAAAUGUCAAUCCCUUUUGUUGAAAAAUUACUGUACAACAAUAAAAUUCCUGAAACUUUA